GUACAGCCAUUGGAUAGCGAUGGCUGCCGCGCGCGCACUGUCGCACUGCACAGCACUGUACACGCAAAUUAGCUUAGCUCCAAAUGCCAAAGCCUGGGAAUUGUUUUCUCUCUUCUCGAGAGAGAUUAGCGUGUGUCCUGUGGCAUUUACUCGAGUGGCAGCAACCAAGAACCAAGAACAGCUAGGGGGCGAAAUGGGAGAGCAACACAGGCCGCUUUCAUCGCUCUCCAAGACGGCGACGAUUUGGACGCAAUGAAUUCCAGUCGCUGGAGCAGCGCUGAUGCAUUCAUUCGUUCCAUCCAUCCAUCGCUCGAAAGGAUCGAAACACAGAGUGUUCCCUUCUUCUUCUUCCUCUCUUCCGUGAAGAUCAUCGCGUAAGUUCCCCUGUUUGUUUGCUCUAGAACAACGAUUCUUCCUUGCGGAGCCACGAAUUCCACGAAUUCCACGAUUUCUCUACCACCCAAGAGAGGAUUCGAUCGGCCAGAUGACCAGGCCAUCGCCCAAAUCGCCGCGCUCCUCCUCUUGCUCCUAUCCCGACUGCUUCCUCUGCGCUAUCAAGUUCUCCCCGCCGGAUAUCUACGCGCGCCAGGCCUCCUUCUUCUCCGAGCUCUUCAAAGAGCUCCCAUCCUCCUCGCCCUCCUCCUCCUCGGCCGACGCCAUCGCCGCGAGCUCCAAGCAGCAGCUCUCCAUCAUCCGCGGCCUCUGGAGCACCGCCAUGGCGCAUCCCGACGAUCCCCUGUUCGUGCAGCUGGGCGUCCUCGAAUCGAUGAUCCAUCUCAUCUACAAAGGCCUCCGCGAUCCAGUGUGGCUCUCCCAGGGCGAGAAUGUGUUUGUCCCAUACUACGCCGCCCACAUCCUCGGCUCCUACACCAUGAACGUUGAGCGGUACGCCGCCUAUGCCGUGCGGUACCGCGCGGUACCAGCGCUGGCCGAGCUCGCCACGGGAGCGCUGACGUGGGUCGAGCAGCGCGUCGCCGUGCGGUGCCUCAGCCACCUCGCCAGCUAUGACUCCACGUUCCCGGCGGUGUCCGCGGGCGGCGUACUGCGGCUGGCCAUGGCCGUGGCACGUGGCGGCACUGGAUUGGUGUACGAGCAGUUUGUGGGGAAGACCGUUGAUCGGCAAUUAGGGUAUCACAAGGAACUCUUGGCGAGGGGGAGCUCAGGCGAGGGUGUGGAGCGCAAGGCGGAGGAAUGGGCGAGCCAGCUCCAAUGCUGGUCACUCCAGGUAGUGAAUUGCUUCGCGCUGCGCGAGGAAUUCUUGCUGGCGAUCUGCCGGCCGGAGUUCUUGGUGGAUCUUCCGGGGAUGUGGGGCGGCCUCGUGAAUGGGAGCUCGCCGGCGGGGCUUGGAUUGCUGAGGACGAUCUGCUACCACAAGCUUGGCAGAAUCGCGAUCGCGAGCUGCGGCUCCAUUGUGGAGGCGCUGUGCAAUGUGGCUAGAUCUUCGGAUGAUUGGCAGUUUAUGGCGGUGGAUUGUUUGCUGUGGCUGCUUCAGGAUCCAAACUCCAGAUCAAAGGUUUAUAGCAAGGCAGUGGUGGCUUUGGCCGACUUGGUCGAGCUCUCAAGUCUCGGCGAGCAGAAAAAACCCGGAGAAUCAAUCAUGGACGUGCUCCUCUCGCAUCAAAAACAGGACGAGCUCCUGGAGGCGGACGAGAACGUCCUCGCCGCCAUUGAAGACGUCGCGAGGCUGAAGAAGCGAAUCAAGCUCGAGAGGCACCUGGCACGGGAGGACAUCAAAAUCACUCAAGCAGCAGCGCUGGUCCUCCGGCUGGAGGGAAACGCUCGCUUCUCGGCUGGCGACGUCCGUGGCGCGACUGCAAAGUAUAGCGAAGCUCUCGAAGUCUGCCCGAUCAAGGCGAAGAAGGACAGGGUGGUGAUUCUAAACAAUCGAGCGCAGUGCUAUCUUCUCAUGGGCGAUGCCGAGCGAGCAGUGAGCGACACCACUCGAGCGCUCAGCUUGUGUAGAGGCAAGAGGAGGAGGCACGGAAUGACGAGCAGCCUGUGGAGGCGAGCGCAGGCGUACGAUAUGAUGGGGCUGGCGAAAGAGAGCUUGCUCGACGCUCUGGUUUUCGGCUGCUCGAGCUCCUCGAUCUCGUCGUGCUCGGCGUCCUCGGAUGGCUGGGACGAGAGUGGAAGCCGGAGUAGCAGUGGUGGGAAUCAAAGUGGUGUCAACUUCUACGUCGCAAAGCUCGUGAGGAAGCAAAUGCAAAGAACUUGGCUGUUUCGCGAGGCCGCCAGGAAGAGCGAGAUGGAGUUCCAGCCGCUGGAGGAAGAGGAUGAAGAAGAAGAAGAAGAAGAAAGAUCGAACGAGAGAGAGGAGGAUGAAGAACAAAGCAGCGGCGAUGAGAGUGGCGAUGAAUCGGAGUGGGAGACUGCGAGUGAGAGUGAGAUGUACAAGAUCUCGCAGCGAAACCAGCAACAGCGCAGGCAAUGGAAGCGCUAAGUCGAUCGAUCGAGAGAGCAACCAUAACCAAAGUAAAAUGUGAUAUCAUACUUUCUAUGUAAA